CGCAGCAGCCAGCGGGCCCCCCCGGCCCCGCCCCCCCUGCGGAGUGUGUGCCCCGCCAUUGGUGGGCCCCAAUUCUCCCGGUCUUCGUGCCCCCGAUGUGUCCCGCGCCUCCCCAUGGCUCCCUCCCCUUGACCCUCUGUCUUGUCCCCUGACCCCUGCCCUGCCACCCCUCCGCGGAGUGGAGACGGGCGGGCUGCCGUCUGCUGCGGCCGCGUCGCGCGUAGUCGUGCAGGUGAAGGGCACGGAUCCUGGGCCCUGGGGUGUGGCCGGGCGUCGAGGGACCCAGGUAGCUGUGGGGACUUCGCCCCAGAGGUGCAGGCCAGCCGCCCAGGGGUCUGCAGAUGGACAGCAGGGAGUGCUCGCUUAAAGCGCUCUCGAGGAAGAAGGCAGAGUCGCAGCCUUCCCAGGAGAAGGGGCAGCCCUCGGGGCCAGCAAGUCCAGCGAUGGCCUGGGGCCCACCAGGUGCCCAAAGCAGCAGUCAGCAGGAGCAGACUCAGGACUGGGUGUGCGAGCCGCAGGACAGCUGGCGCCGGAGCCGCCGCCGCUGGAGCGUCAGCAUAGAUGAGCGCCGGAGGCGGGCUGUGCUGGGCCGCAGCGAGAAGCCGGGCGUCGCGGGGGCGCCCCCCUCCUGCAGGGACCUCGCGCAGAUCGUGGCCCAGCUGGUGUCCGAGGACGUGGACAAGGACGUGCUCUUCCCCCACCCGCCGAGGUCCUCCGAGUCCGCCAACGCCUUCCAAGCCUUCCUGGUCCGGAGCAAGCCCUUCUGGCACAACGUGGCUCUGGAGGCCCCGGCCUCGAGGUCGCCGCCCUCCUAAGAGCCGACUCAGCCCAGCGUUCUGUCUUCCGGUGUCUUUCCUGCGGGUGCUGGGGAGGCGGGCCCUGCGCCCGCCCUGUAGCCCUCCAGGCAGCCGCGACCAGCCCGGGAUACGGAAACAGGCCUGGGAGGACGUCUGGCCCCUCCUCAGGACACUGACCCUUGGAGGUCACCUCUGGUUUGGGGUGACUGGUACCAGCCCAGCCUCCAAGAGGCCACCUGGAGCGUCAGGGGACAGGGUAGAGUGGCCCUCCAGGAUGGGCCCGGGGCUGCCAGCAGAGGGUGCCUGUCCCCAGCAGGGCCAUCCUCCUGGGACCAGCAGCGGUGGGUGGCCUGGGAGGGCGUGAGGCUCCAGCAGCUCCCCUUCCGGGCCUGCUUCACGGACAGCUGUCAGCAGCCCAGGUGGAAGGGGUCUGAGCUGGGGAGCCUGGCCCCUGAGGUGACUGGGCACCUGCCUGCCAGCUCGCGGGCUACAGUCCACAGGGUCGCAAGAGUUGGAUGCGACUGAGGCAGCUGAGCAGGCGUGCACGAGGGCAGUGGAGCAGUGAGCGGGGGCCACUCUCGCAGCAGGGUGGAGGUUUGGAUGUUUGAACUGCUUGGUGCUGGCUCCACCCAGCCCAGGAGUACCCGGUCCUGGGCAGGCCCACGGGGAGGCGAGGUGAUGUGGAGGCCAGAGGCCGCAGGGGCCAGGGCAGCUCCCACACAGAGGAAGGCUUCCUGGAGGAGGUGGCGCUGUCCCUUCUCUGCACAGGGAGCGCGUAGGUGGACCAGGGCCCCGGAGGAAGGGUGGGCAGAGGCCCGGGGUAGCUGUGAGGAGCUGGCUCUGGCCUGCCGUGGUGUCUGCCUUUGCCUCAAGUUCGGGGGUGGACAGGAGGCUUCUGAGCUGCAGGUGACAGUGACAUGGGGCUGCAUUUGGGGAGACCAGGCUGGCAGCCAUGGGAGGUGGGAGAAGGGGAGCAAGGAGGGGGUCACAGGAGCCCAGCCCCAGGGCGGCAGGAGGCUGGCACUGGGCGGCUCAUCUCCUGCAGUUGGUGACUAACUGACAGCUAGGGGCUGACGGGGGCAGUGGGUUGGAGGGGGGCUUUGGGCAAAACGAGGUGGUCCACCCCACCCCCAGGCCCAGGAUGUGGGUAGUUCUCGAGUUCUGGCCUCGCUUGCUCAGAGAGCCGGCUGCUGAGAUGAACCUAGCUGCCCAUCCCAGCCUCCUGCUCUGCUUUACCUUAAGGCUCAGCACAGGUUCCUCCUCCAGGAAGCCGUCCAAGAUCACACAGCUAGCCCCCCAGGCCGCACUCUCUGAGGUCCCCUGAGUGUACUCUUGUUCUAGGCCUGUGGAUUUCUCGGAAUCCCCAGGGCGCGUGGAAGGGGCCCAGGGACUGUGGGCGUGGUGAGUGGUUGUAUGGUGGGGUGUCUGGAGAGGAGUGGAGUGAGGUCUGGACAGGGCCCCGGGGGCCUCAUGACUUUCUCCUCCUCCUCAAGGACCCCUGAUAAAGUGGGGGGGCAGGUGUCAGGGGCCAGAACCUGCUCUGGGCCACUCUGCAUGCCGGCUGGGAGGGCUCCCUCCAGCCCAAGCUGAAGUGUCGGCAGUUAAGACAGAGGUGGCAAGUGCUGUGAGUCCUUUGCCCCAGAGGCCGCAGAGGACCCCACGUCUUCACUGAAGACCUGGGCCUUGCUGGGCUCUCCCGGCCAUGUCUCCUGGUCUCGCCUGGGGGUUCUCCAUAGGCCACGGUCGGUGGUGUGGGUCCAGCCUUGGGCUGGCCGGCCCGCUGCCCUGCAAGCGGUUUCAGCGCCUCUUCUUUGCACCAGUCUCCCCCUGACCACCCGGUGCUCCCCACCACAGCAGCAGCAGCAGCAGCUGUGGGGGGCCUCGUGGGGACCAGCAGGCAGCCUGUGGCCCUCAGUCGUGCCUGGAGCCUGGGGGCAGCUGACGGCGCCUGGAGACGGCUUUGUUGUCACCCUGGCAAGACACCCUCUUGCUGCCCUAACAAGAUUCCACAAGCUUGGUGUCUUCAUGCAAAUUCAUGGACGUUAGAUUCUAUAGAAAGCCGGAAUGGACCUGUCUCAGCUAAAAGUGGGGUGUGGGCAGGGCUGCCUUCCUCCUGGAGGCUCCAGCCUUUCCAGCUUCUUAGAAGCUGCCCACUUCCCUUGGCUCUCGGCCCCUUCCUCCGUCUUCAGAGCCGCAGAGGAGCUCCGUUCUUCCGCCUCUUCCUCCACGUUCAAGGACCCGUGAAGAUGUCGGGCCACCUGAAUGACCCAGGAUAUCACUUCAAGGUCACCUGGUUAGCCACCGUAACUCCUCCCUUGCCGUGUAGUCCAGUAUGGUCACAGGUUUGGGGGAAAAUGUUGACAUCUGUAAGGGAGGGGCACUCUGCCUUCCACAGGGGCCCCUGGCACUGAGUGGGUGGGGGCUGGGGAUUGCUCAACAUCUCAGGCGCAUAUGGACAGCCCAUCACUGCUGAGAACGUUCAGGCCCCAAAUAGCACCAGGGGCCUGUCUGGGAACCCCCAGAAGAGAGGAGAGAGAGUCUAAGGGAGCCUGGCAGCCUGGAUGAGAGGAGGUGGCCUGGGAGCAGACAGGUCAGGCAGCACCCUCUGGUUGGGACACCACCCGUCACCGCUGAAAGUGGGCAGUGCAGGGUGCCUUUACUCCACUUCCCUCCCUGAAGGCACCUCCCCAGACUCACAGGAACACCCCCAGGCAGAGAGAACGCCCCUGCACUGCGUGCCCCCCUUGCACCCUGGCACCCGUCUGUGCUCAAGGGUCAGGGGGACUCAGAGCAGGAGCAGAGGCCGCUCUGGACACCCCAAACAGAAAGGGGUGCACCCAGCCGAAUUUGCAGGGCGCAGGCCCCCAGGGCCAGCAGGGUACCUGAGCCGUGUGGCCUCCCAAGGGCUGCAGACAGUCAGUGCCCAGUGUUGCCCGUUGAGAAAAAUUACUUCAUUGGCUUUGCGAGAAUACUUGCUCACUAUUCAGCAAUAAAAUAAAAAAAAAA